CCCGAGGGGGCUCGUCCCCUGGGCCGCUUAAAGGCAGCAAGGGGCGGCAAGAGCGCAAUGAGACGCCAUCGGAAGCUGGACGGACCCCGAGAGGCAGCGAGCAGCGCUCCCGCGCUUCGCCCGCCAGGAGCUCCGGACUCGCCUCGGGGCUGCGCUGCCCGCGCCCCUCCUCGCCCGCAGCCCGAGGCGGGGGCUGGGCGGCGGCCGGGCCAGGCCCCCGCCCCGCGGCCGCACCCGCCGCCCAGCCCGCUAUCCGCGCGGGCGAACGCCGGGGUGCAUUCCGCAAGGGCGGCCACCGGCGCCGGCACCGCGAGGAAGAAACCAAGGCAGAGCCGGGCAGUCCCCAGGCCACCCAUUCCCCAGCAUCCUUCAGGGGAAUCCCGUACAGCUCUGCAGGAGGCGAACAGAGUAAACAAAAACCCUGGAAAACUGAAACCGGCCGGGCGGCAGGCUGGGUGGCGACGGCGGCGCCUCGGCGCGCGCGGACACACGACCCGUCUCGCGCUCCGCUGCUCCAGUGCGUCCGGGCGAACCAUAGAGAUCACUUAA